CCAAGCGGGAGCCGAUGACGCUAAAUUAAAUGGAUUACUAACUAAACGGGAAGUAUUAAAUGGCGAUUGGCAAGAAAUUUUGCGUGCCAAAACCACCAAAGAUGAGAUUAAUUAUGAAAAAAGCGGCUUAAAAAGCCUAAUUGAUAAGGCUAAAGAAGAAACAGACAAAACAAUCCGGGCAAGACAUCAAGCGGAGCAAUUACUUGGAAACUGGGAAAAUAUUCUGUUUAGCAUGAAAACCGAAGCCGAGAUUAAGGCUGAACAAAGUCAAUUGCUUAGGAAAAUUACCGACGCUAAAAAAGAAGAAUUAACCCAACAACAAAACGACGCAAUUACUAAAGAAAACCAGGAGGACGGAUUAAUUGAUGAUAAAACUCAGGCACAAGUUCUCUCUCCUAAUUGGCAAGAUAUAGAAAAAGAAUCGUCUCGACAAAAUACUUCCGGAACAAGGAAAAAGACCAAGGAAGAAAAUAAAUUGAAUAAGGAUUUACAAAAACUUCGAGGGAGAGAUAGGACAUUUGCUUCACGAAGUUUAACUUCUUUAUCAAUAGGAAAAAUCUGCGGAGAAAUCACUAGUGAUAAGAGAAAUAAGAUAUUUAGAAUACUUUCUGAACUAAAAGGAAAAAAGAGGUUAAUGAAAGGAGAUGAAAUAGAAAAAAACCUCCAAGAAGUAAUUAAAUUUAUUGAUGUUGAAGAAACCAAGGAUUCCAAAGAAGUAAUUGAUUUUCGCAAUUCAACAUUUAAAAGCCUUAUAAAAGAAGGAAUAGACAAUGAACUUACUCGUGAAAACCUACCAGUUCCUUAUAAUGACUUAACUGGUAAUCCGAAAGAAGAUAUUCCUCAAAUAACUAGUAAACAAGAUAAAUUAAAUGCCCUAGAAGCAGUGCUAAAAGAAAUUAAAGAAAAGCGACAAGAAAUUGCUGCCAAAAAUGUCCUCCAAGAGUCUAUUGACAAAUUAAUUCCUUAUGGAAAUCAUGGUGAACUAAAAGACAAACUAAAAAAAUUACAACAAUUAAUUCCUCAAAAUAAUGAUAUUUCAAAUCGAACAGCCAAAGCGAAGAAUUCUGACGGUAAUGAUAUUGAACUUAGUGAAGCCCAGAUCAAGGCUUAUCAAAACAAUAAAAAUGCUGCUGACAAUAAAGAAUUAGAAUUAGUUUAUGCUCUUGAUUUACUUAGAAAUGCCGAGGAGAAGAUUCAAAAUAAGUUUCAAAUGCUCGAUAAUGCUAUUGUUGGUAUUAAUCAAAAAGAGAUUACUGAUGCCGCUCAAGAAUUAGAAAGGCUUCACAGAGCUCAAACUCGAAUUGAUGAAUUGAAAACGGAAAGAGAUAAAUUAAACAAAAUAAAUACCGUUAUCAGUAACGGAACAGAGUCAGUUCUUUUUGAAGAAGGAGGCGUUUUAGAUACCCAAAUUCGAGGUUUACAUG